ACUUUGGUUUUCAAAGACCUGAGCGGCACCAAACUUUAUGCAGUAAACGAGUCGAGUCUAGAGCCCGGACAUCGCAGCCAGACAACUCAGCUGCGUGCAGACAGCGGGAGCGUAUCUUCAUUUUAUAGCCUCUGCAAGCAGCCAUCUGGUACUAUUAGUAUAAAGUCCCUGCUUACCACAUAGACGGACGACUCAUAUUCAGAGGAAUGCAACAAAUGGGGGCAAAAAUUAAUUGGAGCUUGAACUUCUUUCGUGGCAUCGUGAUGUUACAGCUUGCUGGUAGGAUGCACAGUACGACUGGAUCAGACCCGGAGCCUAAUGUCUUGGCCACGUUCUCCCAGAAUGUCUCCAGCAGCGCGGAGAAAGACCACUUCCUCACGCUGGAUGCCCCGAUGAACAACAUAACGGCAUCCCUGGGUCAGAUGGCCGAGCUGCACUGCUACGUGUCGGGAAACCCCACGCCCACCAUUCGCUGGCUGAAGAAUGACGCCCCCGUGGUGCAGGAACCACGCCGCAUCUCCUACCGCACCACCGUCUACGGCUCGCGCCUCCGCAUCCGCAACCUGGACACUACGGACACUGGCUACUUCCAGUGUGUGGCUACAAACACGUAUGACACGGUGUCCACCACUGGGGUGCUCUAUGUCAGAUUCGACCCGAAUAUCAACCCGGUCCCAGGAAGACCACCUUCAGAUGAGGAGGGUUUCUGCCAGCCAUACAGGGGCAUCGCCUGUGCCCGUUUCAUUGGCAACCGAAGCAUCUUUGUGGACUCCUUGCAGAUGCAGGGCGAGAUCGAGACCCAGAUCACAGCGGCCUUCACCAUGAUUGGCACCUCCAACCACCUAUCAGAUCGCUGCUCGCAGUUCGCUAUCCCCUCGCUGUGCCACUUUGCCUUCCCGGCAUGCGACCGGAGCUCGGGGGUGGACAGGCCGCGCGACCUCUGCCAGGACGAGUGCGAGAUCCUGGAGAACGACCUGUGCAAGACGGAGUACAUCAUCGCCCGCUCGAACCCAGUUAUCCUCAAGCAGCUCAAGCUGCCCAACUGCGAGGACCUGCCCGCCUUUGACAGCCCGCUGGCGGCUCACUGCAUGAGGAUCGGCAUCCCCAUGCCCGACCCCAUCAACAAGAAUCACAGGUGUUACAACAGCACAGGUGCAGAUUACCGGGGCACAGUCAGCGUGACCAAGUCGGGUCUCCAGUGCCAGCCAUGGAACUCACAGUACCCCCACAGUCACAGCUACGUGGCUGUGCGCUACCCCGAGCUAAACGGGGGCCACUCCUACUGCCGUAACCCCGGCAACAAGCAGGCUGCGCCGUGGUGCCUCACCCUGGACGAGAAUGUACGCAUGGAACUCUGCGAUAUCCCAGUCUGCGACUCCCAGGAGAGCCGGGCUGGUGGCAGCGCAGAAAUCACGUACAUCCUGAUCCCGAGUGUGGUCAUCCCACUUGCCGUAAGCCUGCUGCUCUUCUUCAUCUGCGUCUGCCGCAACAGACAGAAGAUGUCAAGCCCAUCCGCCUCGCACCAGCCCAAACCGGUGCGGGAGAUGUCUAUGUUCGGCACCUACAAGCCCAAGGGCAAAGCGAAAGAGCUCCCCCUGUCUGCCGUCCGCUUCAUGGAGGAGAUGGGGGACUGUGCCUUUGGGAACAUAUACAAGGGCCACCUGUACCUGCCGGGAAUGGAGCACGUCCAGCUGGUGGCCAUCAAAACGCUGAAGGACGUGUCCAGCCCGGCGCUGUGGGCCGAGUUCCAGCAGGAGGCGGCGACGGCAGCCGAGCUGCAUCACCCCAACGUGGUGUGUCUGCUGGGCGUGGUCACACAGGAGCCGCCCGUCUGCCUGCUCUUCGAGCUGCCCUGCCGCGGCGACCUGCACGAGCUGCUCACCCUGCGCUCGCCGCACUCCGACGUGGGCGGCGGCAGCGACGAGGACGGCACCGCGCGUCCCGCCCUGGACCACGCCGACUUCCUGCGCCUGGCCGUCCAGGUGGCCGCCGGCAUGGAGUACCUGGCCGGCCGCCUCUACGUCCACAAGGACCUGGCUGCCCGCAACGUUCUGGUGGGGGAGCAGCUGCACGUCAAGAUCUCGGACUUGGGCCUGUCCCGAGAGACUUACUCCUGCGACUACUACCGGGUCCAGCCCAAGACGCUGCUGCCCGUCCGCUGGAUGUCCCCAGAAGCCGUCGCCUUUGGAAAAUUCUCCACCGACUCGGACAUCUGGGCCUUUGGCGUGCUGCUUUGGGAGAUCUUCAGCUUUGGCCUGCAGCCCUACUAUGGCUUCAGCAACCAGGAGGUGAUGGACAUGAUCCGGAAGCACCAGCUCCUGACCCGCCCGGCUGACUGUCCAGCCCACUUCUAUGCCAUGAUGAUGGAGUGCUGGCAGGAGAUUCCUACCCGCCGGUCCCGCUUCAAGGACCUCCACGCACGUCUCCGGGCCUGGGAGGGCCCGCUGGCGUCUCAUGCCGGCUCAGCGUCGCCCUCCGAUGGCCACGGCACUACACAGACCACGUCGCUGAGCACCAGCUCAGUUAGCAGCGUGAGUGGGCCCCAGUACACCGGGUACGUGUACCCGGCUGCGGGCAUCCCGCCAGGGCCCAGGUUCAUUCCCGUCAGCGGCUACGCCAUCCCGCCGGGCUACGCCGCUUUCCCCCCUGCCCACCUGCAGACGCGGGGGGGUCCCUCCCGUGGCCUGCAGCAUUGCCCGCCCCCAAAAAGCCGCUCGCCCAGCAGCGCCAGUGGUUCCACCAGCACGGGUCACGUGACCAGUGUCCCCUCCACGGGCUCCACCCACGACGCCAAAACUCCCCUGCUGUCCCACUGCGUGCCGCUCUCCGGCCUCGGCGGGGCACACGCUCGGACACACGAGCCAGACGGCUCUGCAGACGGACCUGCGCAGACCUGCCUGACUGCGGAAGGCAACAUGCACACGUAUACCGAAACACACAUCAUCACCGCCAACCUAUAAAUACUUCUGUAGCUAUUCUAAAAAUAGAGUGUUUGCCGUUUUUGUAAUAUAAAUAAAGCCUGCAUGAAAUUCAGAGACUUGUAUUUGUUUUGUGUGGGCAAGACGAGGAAGAGAUUAAAAAAGAAGUCUAUGUUAUUGCACAAAAACCGGCUGUGGUUCAGUCCUGCUCCAGGCUAAGCUCUUGUGCCAAGCUAGCAAUUUAGAUUUUCUAUGUCCAGGAUAAGAUUUUUUUCUCAUUUGAAAAUCUUUCAGGAUCCUCAGCCAAGAACAAAAGACAUGCUGUUGCUCUCUUAAAGGAAGUUUCUAGACCAUUGGCAUGCAUUUACUGGACGCACAACUAGCAUUUAACAAACAUACAACGAGCAUUUAACGAACAUACAACGAGCAUUUAACAAACAUACAACGAGCAUUUAGCGAACAUACAACGAGCAUUAAACAAACAUACAACGAGCAUUUAGCGAACAUACAACGAACAUUUAACAAACAUACAACGAACAUUUAACGAACAUACAACGAGCAUUUAACGAACAUACAACGAGCAUUUAACAAACAUACAACUAGCAUUUAACAAACAUACAGCGAGCAUUUAACAAACAUACAAUGAACAUUUAACAAACAUACAACGAGCAUUUAACAAACAUACAACUAGCAUUUAACAAACAUACAACGAGCAUUUUACAAACAUACAACUAGCAUUUAACAAACAUACAACGAGCAUUUAACGACAUAAACCUUCUUCGUUGCAUCAGCUGCUCACCCCCACUCAAACUCAACUUGUUUACAUCAUCAAAAAAUUCAAUAUAUUAUUACAAGCUGACUUAUGAAUACAAUAUGCAGAAAAUGUGUGAAAUAAUUUCCUAAUGUUUCUGGUAAUUUUACUUCUCUGGUCUGAGCAGAGUUGCAUCUUAAUUGUUACUGUUAUUAUAUAUUAUUACUGUAUUUCUUGAUUUUUACUUGAUCAGAUUUUGCCAAUGGGGAUGAAAAUUUAAAUAAUUAUUAUCUUUGUUUUCCAUUCCAGGGGUGUUACAAUUUCUUCCAUCCAUCCAUCCAUCUGUCACCUGUUUUUUACUUUCUUAGCUUGACAGGUAACCUUCACUCAGACAGCAGGCGUGUGCAAUUUGAAAUGUUUUAUUUAAGUCAAAUGGAGAAAUUAAAGAUUUUCUGUUUCUUUCGUCCAGGAUAUUAUUCUAUUAUUAAUAUGAUCAAUUAAAAAAAGAAACAAUUCCAAAAGGUUUUAUCUCAGUUAACCUUUUUCUUAGUUUGUCCUUAUAUAACGUAUCUACAUUUCAUGGGGUAUUACAGAUAUUAUUUGUUAAGUCGUUAUAUCAAAAGCAGUUGAAAAAAAAUCUAUUACAAUAGACUGUGAAUCUCAUUGCCCAUGUUUGUCUUCAACAUAACUAUUUUACCUUUGUGUGUGUGUGUGUGUGUGUGUGUGUGUGUGUUUUAUUCAGAUUCUAAGGCCACUUGCAAUGAAGAAAAAUAUUGUUCAUGUUUAAGCAAAUAUUUGUGAGUUCCCAUUUCCAUCACAGUAUCGUAGUGUAGAUUGCGCUGCUUCAUUUUAUUACUCAUCUAAACUAUUGCGUCAACUCUGAUGUCAUACUCAGCUUCAGUACUCAAACGCACUGUCACCAAAUGACCUUAGUACUUUUUCAGGUAAAAGCCUUUAUAAUGUUUACAAUGUGUAGAUGUACUGCAAGAAAGGACAUUUUGCUAAUUUACCUGUGACUGCAUGCAGUUUUAUUCCAUCAUCCUUUCACCAACAUUUAAUACCAAACAUUUAAUAAAAAGAUCAGGCAACAGUGUUGUUUGAAUCAUAAAUAGUGCAUCCAAUUUUUUUUUUGCAUUUAAAAAUUAUUUUUAAAAACUUAGAUUCCAAUGCUUUGAAAUACCUUUACGUAGUCUUGUAGGCUACAGUUUGUUAAAUCAAAAUAAUAAUCAAAAUUCGUAUUGCCUCUGGAUUCUGUAAACAGAGAAUCAGGUAUGGAGGCAUCCUAGUUGAAUUGAAACAUUGUCUCCACCAGAAUUAUUCAUUGCAGCUGCAAAUAUGUUUGCACGCAGGUACGUGCAAUCUCCCGCUAACAUGCUAGCCGUUAGCGCAUACAGCUGCAUGCUGGGUUUGCGUUCUUCAUUGCAAGUGACCACGUAUUGUAACCUGUGUGUACCAAUCAUGCAAGCUGUAUCAUUUUUAUACUUUAUUGACCACGUGGCCUUGUUUUGUACUUCUCUGCCUUUGCACAUGUGUUUGCAUGAUGAAAACAUUAAAUGACAUAGUUCUGUGAUA